GUCCGCAACGAAUUGUUAGGCCGAACUUCCUCAUCCUCCGUUGGAGAAGCCUGAACGCACUCGCGAAGCGGUGUGUGCAGUAUCUACACAUAUGGCCGACAGGUAUGCCAGCGGUUCUAUCUGGUGGUUGGAAGGAGAUCUGACCAAGGCUUCAAUGUUGUACGAAGGAGCAUUCGACGAGUGGUGGUCGCAUCUGGAGAGUGUUUGGCUAAUUCGCGACAACGUGCCUCAGCGUCGAACUUACAACUCCAAUACCAUUCGCGGUCUGAGCAGAGGAGAGACGACAUCUGUGACAGAAUUAUGCCAUUCAGUGAGUCCCAUCAUACUAAGGCGAGUCCCGGCUGCUGGAUUUCGGACUCUCGAGACCUUAUUUCCCGCACUCGAGACAGCCAGUCAGCCAUUUCGAUUAUUGGAUCUGCCAAUAGAUAUUCGACUGCACGUCUAUGACUACAUACCGCUUGACUUGGACCUCACGGUCGAUACCGACCGCUGGGAACCUGGCCGCGUGCCCCCGAUCCUCGGCUGCUGUAAACAGAUACGGCAAGAAGUACUUCCCAUGGUCGGCAUCGAGCUAGAUCUUGAGGCCCAUAUCGACGUAUUCAAAUGCGGCCAUCUUGCACCAGACAACACAACCAACUCCACCUUCAGAGACUUUGCGAAGCAGCUGACCCAUUGGUCUUUGGGUGGCGGCUUGGAGUUUGUCAGCAAUCUGUCCAGAAUCAGUCUCACGUUCGAGGAGAUGUGUGAGACCUGCAAGGGCCCGUGCAGUGCUUCUCCAGGCAUCGAGUUUGAGAUCGAUUUCGCAUAUAACUCUACCCAGGGCUUGUAUGUUCGAGGGAGCGGCUCGAAGUAUUAUCGCGCAGAAGGAUAUUGGGGAUGUCCCGCGCAAGAUGCGCUGUCUAAAAUUAAGCAUGAGGUGGCUACUCUUGAUAUCGAGAGACGGAAAUGUGGUUUCGGUGGUAGCGCGCUAGUACUUCUCAUUACCAAAUGUCUUCCGAAGUGGAAGUUUUUGAGUUUGGAGGAGAACAACGGACCGGCUCAGGCCUAGAAUCUCGCAAACACAUGCACUAUUACCAAGAUAUCAACAUCAGUAUGAUUCUGUCAAACAUGGAUUAUACGCCACAUUUCCUCGAGUAACAAAUUAUUUUGCCUCAUCAUUACGGAGUGGACAUCAGCACUUUCAGAUCGUACGCUUGAACAAUAGAUUUUUAAAAUAUUAGCCACAAAUCAAACGCGAU